AUGGAGAAUUUCCAGUACAGUGUCCAGCUCAGUGACAAGGACUGGGCUGAGUUCUCAGCCGUUGCCGACGAGUGUGGCCUUUUGCAGGCCAGUCUAGCCUCUGGAGACGAGCUCUUGUCCAGUGACCUUGACCAAGCCGACAGCAGGGGCGGCAGUCCCCCGGGGCCCCUGCCCCUCCUCCCUGGGCAGCUGGCCGCAGUGGGAAGCUGCUGGCAGGGCUGUGAAGAGGGAGCCAACGCGGCCGCCUGGCAGCUGGUCAGCAGGUCUCAGUACGAUCUGGGCCUGGCCUGGGGGGCUGGUCAGCAGACGCCCUGCACGUCUGAACAGUUGGAAGCUAGGUCACCCCCUGACUCCGGUGCCAGUCCUCCAGGGCAGUGCCCAUCCUUCCCAGGGCCGGCAUCCGGCAGCAAGAUGCAGAGACUCCUGCAGGGCCCAGCCCCCAGCCCCACUGGGGAGGCCCCAAGGAGCCCCGCCGGGAGGGCCCCAAGGAGCCCUGAGCCUGCUGGCCGCAGUACUGCCUUGCGGAGACCCCCGGACAGUCCUAACCGAAAGAAGAAGCGCUCCACAGCUGGGAAGGGGGCCGGGCCUAGUCUGGGCCCUAGUCUCACUCAGCCAAGCACCCCGCCCCUCACUGAAGUCAGCCCAGAAGAAGGCCUUGGCCUGGCCAGGUCCAAGGGCAAGGGACUUGAGGCUGCAAAGGCAAAGCUGACAGCAGGAGCUGGGCAGGAUAAACUGGGGACGGGUUCCAGAGGAACUCCUGAGUCCAGCUUCAGCCAGGGGCUGGAUAUGGAGCCGUCCACACCUGGUCCUGGACCUGAGGGACCUGCGGACCCACUGAGAACACCCUUCAGAGACAAGCCUCCGCCUGACACAGCUGCGUCCAUCCCUGUGUCCAGGGCUCCGUCUGACAUGGCUGCAUCCACUGCUGCAUCCAGGCCUCCUCUGGACACGGGUGAAUCCACUCCUGAGUCCAGGGCUCCACCUGACACAGCUGUGUCCACCCCUGCAUCCAGGGCUCUGCCUGACACGGCUGUGUCCACCUCUGCAUCCAGGCCUCUGUCUGACACAGCUGUAUCCACCCCUGUGUCCAGGGCUUUACCCGACAUGGCUGUGUCCAUGGCUCAGCCUGACACGGCUGUGUCCACCCCUGCGUCCAGGGCUCUGUCUGACAUGGCUGUGUCCACGCCUCUUCCUGACACAGCUGUGUCCACCCCUGCGUCCAGGGCUCUGUCUGACAUGGCUGUGUCCACGCCUCUUCCUGACACGGCUGUAUCCACCCCUGUGUCCAGGGUUUUACCCAACAUGGCUGUGUCCAUGGCUCAGUCUGACACGGCUGCAUCCACCCCUGCGUCCACGCCUCCUUCUGACAUGGCUGCGUCCAGGCCCCUCCCUGACACGGCUGUGUCCACCCCUGCGUCCACGCCUCCGCCUGACACGGCUGUGUCCACCCCUGCGUCCAGGCCUCUGUCUGACACCGCUGCGUCCAGGGUUCCGCCCAACACGGCUGUAUCCAUGCCUCUGCCUGACACGGCUGUGUCCACCUCUGUGUCCAGGCCUCCGCCUGACACGGCUGCAUCCACCCCUGCGUCCAGGCCUCCUUCUGACAUGGCUGCGUCCAGGCCUCUGCCUGACACGGCUAUGUCCACCCCUGCGUCCACGCCUCUGUCUGACACCGCUGCGUCCAGGGCUCCGCCCGACACGGCUGUAUCCAUGCCUCUGCCUGACACGGCUGUGUCCACCUCUGUGUCCAGGCUUCCACCCGAUAUGAGGCUGUCAGACCUGGCACUGAGGACCCAUUCUCAGGCCCAGCUCAAGGCCCUAGGAAGAAAAAAAACCCCGCCAGCGGCCUGCAGGGGCUCGGGUGCCUGGGAUGCUGUAGCAGUGGGACCACGGCUGCCCCAGCCUCGGAUCCUUAAGCAUCUUCCACCCCCUGCCCCCUCGUCUUUGGCAGGCUCAGGGUCCAGGGUAGGCUUCGCGGUGACACUCCCGGAGGCCUAUGAGUUCUUCUUCUGUGACACCAUCGAGGAGGGGAGUGAGGGGGACGAGGAAGGGGAAGUGGCCAACCAGUGGCCAGACAUGUGUGAGUUCUUCUUCCGGGACUGCCAGCCGCAGAGACCGAAGCCUGCACCAGCCUUGCCCCUCAGCAGCCCCGUGCCUUUGGCCAUCCCUGAGGCCUAUGAACACUUUUUUGGAGACGACACAUUCGGGGAGGUGCCGGGAACCCCUAGUCUCCUCCAGAUGGACAACUUGGAGCCCACCAGGCUGGCCCCCUGGCAAGCAGGGCCUGGGAGCCUCCUCAAGGCCAGCUCCGAUCCAGCAGAGCAGCUAAGCCUGGUGAUCAGGCGGGCAGGGGAGCUCCAGGGCUCCCUGCCCUCCUUCACUGUCAGCCAGAAGGACCUGUGCCUGGUGUUUGUAGCAUUUGCCACAUGGGCCGUGAGGACAUCUGAUCUGCAGACCCCAGAUGCCUGGAAGACAGUCUUGCUGGCCAACCUCGGCACAGUCUCUGCCAUCCGCUACUUCCGUCGACAGGUGGGGCAGCGGCUUACCAGCCCCAGUCCCAGCCCCAACCCUGGCCGCAGCCGUAGCCCCAGCCCCAGCCAACACCCCAGCUCCUAG